UAUAACAAAAGAUACGUACAAGUUAUGUUGUCCAGAUUCUAUAAUCCAUAAUCUAUAAUAAACCUUGACAGUGCCCCUAUAGGGGAGCUUGUCGUCCUUGAGCAAACAACCGCGCUUUCCAUCCGCAUGCAAAAUUCAUAAAACAUCGUCGCUCUUUCAGGCAAUGAGAUUUUAAGCAUACAUUAGCACUGCUGCCUCGAUUAUAUUACUCACGUUAUUCGAGAAAACAAACACUGCCAGAUAAUACGUCAGGGUUGUUUGUUUUUGUACUGUCAGUUGUACGAAAGGGAUUACGUUCAGUUAAAAUUUUAUAAACUUUCAGGCUGCAAUUGUUACUGUUUGCAGUGUAUCAAGUACAGCAGCAAACUGCAAAGUAUUGGGUGACAGUAGUGAACUAGUGAUGCAAGCUGGUAGUGAACUUUCAGUUGAUGAGGCUCUGGAUUUGGAGGCUGAGAUUGCAGCGGAAUCUAACAGUGAGCAAUAUGAACAAAUUGAGCUUACAGAUGUACAGAAAAGUACUAUUGAGAGAAAUCGACAAAAAGCCCUUUUGCUGAAAAAGGCGAGGGCAUCAGCUCAUCCGUACAGCAAAAAUGAAAAGGGAUCACCAGAAAAGAAUACCAUCAAGGUCCAAGGAACCAGAUACAUAGACACUGGUGGUGGCUUCCUCUUGGAGGAAAAAGCUGCUGAAGAAAAUGCAAAACCAGUGGAACUGAAGGAAAAUGUUGGACCUGUCCAGAUUCCAUAUCGGCCAACAUGUGAGGAAUGUUCAAAUAUUUUUGAUGAUUCUUUUCUUUACCAGUCAUUUGAGUAUCCUGUCUGUGAUGGAUGCAGGGACAGAGAUGACAAGCAUUCUCUCAUUACUCGGACAGAUGCAAAAAAUGAAUACCUGCUGAAGGAUUGUGAUCUGGAUAUGAGAGAGCCCCCUCUGAAAUUCAUCAUGCGCAAGAAUCCUCAUAAUAUGCGAUGGGGUACAAUGAAGCUUUAUCUUCGACUUCAGAUUGAAAAAAGAGCCUUGGAGGUAUGGGGCUCUGAGGAGAAACUCGAGGAAGAAUUAGAAAAAAGGGAUGAGAAAAGAAGCAAAGCAAAGAUUAAAAAGUACAAUAAACAAGUCAAAGCCCUGCGCAUGGCUGUCCGCAGUAGCCUGUAUGAUCGGACUAAGUCAGCUACUCAUACCCAUGAGUUUGGUCCUGAAAAACCACUUCCUGAUCAGGGAGAAGACACAUACACUCGGAAAUGUACUACUUGUGGUUAUGAGGAAAUAUUUGAGAAAAUGUGAUCUUAAUUCUGUCUGCUUACAGAUGUGUGCACAAAGAGAUUUUAAAAUAUGUUUUACCUGCGCCAAAUAUAGGAGUAUGCAGAUAUUUCGUAAUGAAAUUUGUAUUCUAUGAAAGCCAUUUAUGAUAUAUUGUCGAAAAUGCUGUAUAUUAGAAAGAGGUGUCAUCUGUCAUAUCAUAGUAAGUAUCAUUCGAUGAAUUUGUACCAAUCAAUAAGUAACAACAAUCCGUGUGUGUGUGUGAGAGAGAGAUAGAGAUAGAGAGAGAGAGAGAGAGAGAGAGAGAGAGAGAGAUAUAUGGGGGGGGCGAGGGGGGGGGGGCAGGCAGCAAUCUGAUUUCUGCAUUUCCUUUUGUACCUGGGGCUCAGUAUUUUUAGAAAUAAAUUGUAGUUGUAAAUAUAGGCUUAUGAAAUAAGCAGCUAUGCUGGAUUGAAAUCCACCUUCUCGCAUAUAUCAACAUAAAAGAAAACUUUGUGUUGUUGAUACGAUAAAAUAUUUGUGUUUUAUGAAAGUCAUUGUAUAUCAAUUUUUUAUAUCUGAUACAAGAAUACUUGAAAUCAAGUUUUACAAUGUGUUUUAAAGAACUCCCAGGAAAUAUAGUAUCUGUAUUUUUACUUGCAAAUAUAAAUGUUUGUUUAAAAAAUGAGAGAUUGGAACUGCUUAUUUCAGUUCCUAAUGUACUUGUGUUCCCUUCUGUCUGUCAGUUCACAUUCCGCUAGUUCCAUUCUUCUUUAUCCAAUACACAGUACUAUGUCUCCAGUAACUUAAAAUAAAUGGGAUCUUCAGCCUUAAUUUUCCAAUGGAUGCAGAUGGUUUGGUUGAUGGAGUAACGUAAUUGUGACAUUGCAUUGAGUGCUGUACAACACAAUGUAGUGUAUUGAUAUGCUCCCUAUGAUUCUUGCAAUCAACUUUUAUACAGUACUUACUUUUAUAAAUUAUAUCUUCAGUGAGGGGCACUCCAAAUAUAUGUGCGUUAAAAGUAUAAAGUCUGAUGUAUACACCACUGCAUCCUUUCAAAACAUGCUAAGAUUUGGCAAAAGUCUGAUCAGGACUGUUGGGUGAAUGAGAUGAUGUUUUUCAUUAGUAUCAAAAGGAUAAUUCAAUAGAGUUUUUAUAAAAUUACAGGCAGAAUUUCUUGCUAGUACUUACCUUCAGGAGGAAAUUUGGAGUGCUGCCGAUACAGAUAUAGUACAUGAAAUUGUCCUAGUUUUUGGAAUUACUGCUUCCUUCCUUUGGGAGGAGAAGGGGCUAAGUUGAGGAACAUUGAAAAGGAAGAGCAGGUCACUCAUACCUCAGUCAGGAUAAGAGGGGUCCAACUGUCAUGAUGACAAGGGGAGACAAAGAUGAAGAGGUAAGAUCAGAUGUAUCCAAGGCCUCCUCCUUUCUCUGAUACCUCUGCAUUGGGGUCCUCUCAUGCCGAGGUCUGAGUGAUAUGUUCUUGCUUUUUGACCUUCCCAUUCCUAUCCCUCUUUCUUAACAAUUCCAAAAGCUUGGGAUACUUUUAUAUUUGCUGACUGGCGGUACUAAAAAUUUCACCACGUGGAAGGGUUAUGGCUGUAUGAAGACUCGUGCAUUGUCGUGGCAGAGCAUGAUCCCAUGCACAACACAUUUUGAAUGUGUUUACUUUACGUAUUUCAAAGCUUGAGCAAGCAAACUCCAAAUACCAACAUGAAGUUAUUGUCCUGUCUUCAUUUUUAUGAUGAUGGUAAUAUGGACAUUUGAAGAGUGGAAAUGGAAAAUGUUUAAAGUUGCCAAAUCUGAUACUUUUUAUAAGAAUGGAAAACAAUGUAUCUCUGUUUGUACACAACUGAUCUGUAUUUAAAAAAAAAAAUCCAAAACAUUGAGCAGAUAUUCUGAUGCCAUACAAUUGUAUUGCUCCUCGCAUUACUGCAGAGCACAGUGAGACAAAUAAGAAAAUAAAUACCUUAUUAAGAAUAA